GUUCCUGUUUGAGGCUAUUAAAGAACAAACCAAACAAUCGGGAAUUUAUUCAGACUCGACCGAUGAUUUUUAACACACUUAAUGUAGAACCGAAGCUGUGUUUUGGAGUGAUGAAGUUCAUAUGUGUGACUCUACUCGUUAUUAGUGGAAUUACAGAUUCAAGAGCAGACAAGUUUGAUUUAGUGGGUCCUAAAGUUCCUCAGAUGACUGUAUCUGGUGAAGAUGUGAUUCUGCCGUGUUCUCUCAAAGCCAACAUCAGUGCUGAGAACAUGAGAGUCGAAUGGUCUAGACUUUAUCAAAAAGGCUCAAUAGUUCAUCUGUAUGAAGAUCAUGAAGACAGAAACACAGAUCAGCUUCAGUCAUACAGAGGAAGAACUCAACUGUUUAAAGAAGAACUAGAGAAAGGAAACACGUCGCUCAAACUCUCAAGAGUCAAAAUAUCUGAUGAAGGACUUUACAAGUGUUUUGUUCAGUCUGAAUCCUGGUAUGAUGACAUCACUGUUGAUGUCAGACUUGAAGCUGUAGGGAGUGCUCCAGUCAUCACUGUAGAUGGGUUUGAUGGUUUUGGUGGUCUUCAUCUACAGUGUGAAUCUAAAGGCUGGAACCCCAAACCUGAACUUGUGUGGCUGGACAGUGAAGGAGUCACUUUAACGUCUAAAUCUACAGAUACGCACACAGACACGGAUGGAUUCAAUGUGAAACACACAAUCACGGUAUAUAGAAGUGACGCUAAAUAUCACUGCAGAGUCAAAAUGAGACAUCACAUGCUGGAGACUGAAAUUAUUACAUCAAGUAAAAUGUUAUACUCAUUGAUAACAUCGGUGGUCCUGAUAUCAUUCGGUGCUGUCCUCAGUGUGAUUGGUGUUAUACUAAUUACAAUUUUUGUCUGUAAAAAGAGAGAACGUCAAAUUAUGAACCAGAGACUGCACAGAGAGAAUGAGAGACUCCACAGAGAGGAGGCGAGAAUACAAAGGGAACUGUUGAGAAUAAUAAAUGCAAAUGUGACUUUGGAUGUUGAUUCAGCUCAUCCACUUCUCAUUGUGUCUCCUGAUAAGAAACAAGUGAGAAUUGUAAACACACAACCAAUUGAAGACGAGGAUGAAGAUGAAGGACAAAACAACAAGUUUGAUGAAUAUAUCUGUGUUCUUGGAAAUGAAGGAUUCUCUUCAGAUAGUUUUUACUAUGAGGUGCAGGUGAAGGACUUACCUGUGUGGUAUGUGGGUGUGGCCAGAGAAUCUAUUAACAGGAAGGGCCACAGCAGUCUGAAUCCUGAGAAUGGAUUCUGGUCGGUGGGUUUGGGCAGUGAUAUUUAUUGGGCUUGUGAGAAUCCAUAUGUUCCUCUUUCCCUGGGCAUGAAGCCUCAGAGGGUGGGGGUGUUUGUGAAUUAUGAGGAGGGUCGGGUCUCCUUUUAUGAUGUGGAGACCAUGUGUCAUAUCUACACUUACACUAGUCAGGCUUUUCAUGAGAAACUAUAUCCUGUUUUUUGUUUGGGUCAUGAGGUUUCUAUGAGUGAAAACUGUGCCUCACUAAUCAUCUGUAGUGAUCUCUCAUGAACAGUUUUUGCUUUAACUUAUUAUAUUCUUGCAUGUCAUUUCUUAAUUUAAUAUAACUUUAUUUAGGAGGUGAGAUGCUUGGUGUGUGACAAGGAGCUUAUUUAUGUAAACAGCUCAUCAUCCAUGCCAAGGCAUUUCAGAACAUUGCAUACUGCACAGCAUCAGACCGAUCCUAAAGGCACACAUAGCAAUUAUGCUUCAUUAUUUUUAUUCAUCGUUGUGAAUGCAGUGUCGUGAUGUCAAUUAAUAUAUGUAUAUUAUAUAUAACUUCUUUCAGACCAGAGCAAACAAGACUGAAAUGCCACUUCUGAUGCGAUUGUAGAAGUGGAUAGAUACCUUACGGAGACAAACAAGAGCUGCAACAUUGGCGUUACAGUUUCUGUGUCCCCCGGCCUAUUGUGUAUCAUGUGAAAGUGUGUUCUCUAAGGCCUGGGAAGUACUGUCCAGGAGUAAUAGACCCAGACACAACACUGUGAAACAGCUUUUAUUUCUUAAUGAAAAUAAUUUAAAACAUGAUCACCUUUCUGUCAUUCCUACAGUUACACAAGUGUCAUAAACACAAGAUCUAUCGAGCUUGUGGGUAUCCGUACGUCUCCCUUUCCCUGAGAAGAAAGCUCCAAAGGGUGGGGGUGUCUGUGAAUUAUACGGAGGGUCGGGUCUCCUUGUAUGACGUGGAAGCCAU